CCCCCUCCAAGGGCGGGUGACUGAAGCCCGCAAAAAUGGGCUCUACCUGCUUUUUCAGCUGGGGUGUGACUGCCCUGGCAGGGUUGUUGCUCUUGUCCUUCGGCAGCUUGGCCACUAGUCAGAUCGAGGAUCAAACAGAACAGUUCUUUAGAAGUGGUCACACAAACAACUGGGCUGUUUUGGUGUGUACAUCCCGAUUCUGGUUUAAUUAUCGACAUGUUGCAAAUACUCUUUCUGUUUAUAGAAGUGUGAAGCGGCUAGGUAUUCCUGACAGUCACAUUGUUCUGAUGCUUGCAGAUGAUAUGGCCUGCAACCCUAGGAACCCCAAACCAGCUACAGUAUUUAGUCACAAGAAUAUGGAACUAAAUGUAUAUGGGGAUGAUGUGGAAGUGGACUAUAGAAGUUAUGAGGUAACCGUAGAGAACUUUUUACGGGUGUUGACUGGGAGGAUCCCGCCUAGUACUCCUCGGUCAAAACGUCUUCUUUCUGAUGAUAGAAGCAAUAUUCUUAUUUAUAUGACAGGACAUGGUGGAAAUGGCUUCUUGAAAUUUCAAGACUCUGAAGAAAUUACUAACAUAGAGCUUGCAGAUGCUUUUGAACAAAUGUGGCAGAAAAGACGCUACAAUGAGCUACUCUUUAUUAUUGAUACUUGUCAAGGAGCAUCCAUGUAUGAGCGAUUUUAUUCUCCUAACAUAAUGGCUUUAGCUAGUAGCCAAGUGGGAGAAGAUUCACUCUCGCAUCAACCUGAUCCUGCAAUUGGAGUUCACCUUAUGGAUAGAUAUACAUUUUAUGUCUUGGAAUUUUUGGAAGAAAUUAAUCCAGCUAGCCAAACUAAUAUGAAUGACCUUUUUCAGGUAUGUCCAAAGAGUCUAUGUGUGUCUACUCCUGGACAUCGCACUGAUCUUUUUCAGAGGAAUCCUAAAAAUGUCCUGAUAACUGAUUUCUUUGGAAGUGUCCGGAAAGUGGAGAUUACAACAGAGACUCUUACUUUGCUGCCAGAUUUAGGAGUCAUAGAAAGCAGCUCUAUGGAAGACUGGACGGAUGAGGAACUAAUGGAACCCCUGAAAUAUGCUGAACAACUUCCUGUAGCUCAGAUAAUACACCAGAAACCAAAGCCGAAAGACUGGCAUCCUCCCGGGGGUUUUAUUCUGGGUUUGUGGGCACUCAUUAUCAUGGUUUUCUUCAAAACUUACGGAAUCAAGCACAUGAAGUUCAUUUUCUAGACGUGGUGAUGUGUAAAGAAGACUGCAUGGAAGACUACAACUGUGGAUAAAAAUUUUUUUUUCUUUUCUUUUUAAAAAAUACAUUGCUCUUGUGUGAAUUAGCAAACAGUAUAAGGAAACUGUAAAUUUGAUGAACUGUUGUUUUUUAACUUAAAUAAUUGUUAAUUCAAGUGCUAAAUGGCACUAAAUAUAUUUCUGUUUUUCCUUUGGUGUGUUAUUAAAAAGGUGGUACAAAGACAUCAGGAUAUAGUCAUUGACUCUUUUUGAAAAUAAGAAUUUCCCAAAUGCCCCCUUUCAUUUGGAAAAGGAAAAAAAAAAAAGGGAAGACAUUAAAUUCUAAUCAGCAGAGGUAACUUCUGAUAGUAUUUCUGUGUAUGCUCUCCCAGUCUGUUUUUCUAUGUACUUUUUUUUUUUUCUAAAAUAGAGGCUAUAUAGAACACACCAUUUUAGAGUAUGUUAUCAGCCCUUUUCCUCCCUCAGAUCGUCUUCCGGAACACUUGGGGGUGGCUGCAGAGCACCCCUCUUAUGAACCUACCGUCAUUUAUUUAAGUGUUCUUUUGUUGGACCACUUACCUUGUUCCCAAAAUUUUCCUUUGCUGCAUUAUUUACUGUGUGAAUAUUUUACUGUCAGUCUCUACUGGAAUUCUGUAGCUUUAAUUAUUAGUAAAUUUGGAAAAUCAGUUUCUUUUUCUAUGGUACUAUCCGUCUUUAGGACCUUAUUUGCUGUCAGUUUAUAUGGAAAACUUAAGACCUUUGGAAAAUUCACAUACUGUUUGCUCAAGAGAAACAAACCCUAUCAUUUUAUAUUUCUAAGCAUUCAUUCAUUCUGUGAUUCUCUAGAAUUGGUCACUUUUGCUUCAGCUUCCAUAUUCAAAGUGUCAAUUCUUAAUUCUGCUUAAGGUAAACCUUGCUCUCUGCUGGACCCACAGCUUUCCUGAAACAGUCCCCUAAAGUGGAUGGACUGGAUGGAGAGUUUACGCUUUAGCCCUGCCCCAAUGUCUGACUGACGUAUCGUGUCACAUAAGGCAGCAAAUAAGCCCCUUUCUUGGUCUCCGGCAACAUGCAAGGGCUCAGUAUCUCCAUCACUUACCAGCCAUCUUCAUACUAUCUAAUAACUGGCAACAGUGUUCAGGGUGUGCUUUGCUAUCCGCCCCGGAUGUUGUUUCUUCACAGUUAAGGGGGGACAACCCUGCAAUUCAUGUCCCAGGGGAUACCUUUCUGGAUUUUAUGUUUUGUCUGAGAACUUGGGUGUAAACCUUUAUUCAUCGCAAGGCCUGUCGUAUAAUUGCAGGUAACAUUAAGAAGACAACUCUUCCUCUACAAUAAAGCAUCCUAAAAUUUAUAUUCUUUAGGAUUUGUUUUUCUUUUAGCAUUUAAUUAUUACCCUUUAAUUAUAUGUAAAAUGGUCAGUCAUACUUUUUACAAGCAGAGGAUUAACUGUCAUCUCCCAGGUAAGAACAAAUGAUAUCGAGGCGUUCUGCCAGGCUCUGAGUCUUCAUUUUCAUUGAUCGUUGGUACACUAAGAUAGAUGGAGGAAAAACUUUUACCUGAUUAUAUGGAAAAGGAUCCUUCUGUACAUAAAUGAAAACAAACUGAAAUUCUAAUAGCUUCAUUGCAGUCAUGCUAAGAGACAAAAAGGUUAACCAUUUCACCCUCUAAACCCACAAGGUCAUGAACACGGUGGUGGGGCGGAGCUACUUAGAGGGGUAAAGGAAAUAUGACUGUUCUUGAACCAAAGUAAUUUAGUUUGAAUAUAAUGAAAAAUGCCCUGAUGGUAAAGACUGCUGGCAAAUAAAAGGGUUCCUCUUCUGAGGUUGGGCAAGGUGCCCUUUCUAUUUAAACCAAACUGGGGAAAGUGGUACUGGAUAUAAUACACAGGAUUAAUUUUGCCCAGGUGGAGUUUCAAAAGGCAGGUGUAUCUCUGUUUCAUUAUUGAAUUCAGAAUAUACCUAAAGUAAAAAACUUAAAUAUGUUAAAUGUUUAGCUCGUAACCGUAAUCUUUUUACAUAAAGUAUAUUCUGCCUUCAAUAUAAUAAGUACAUCCUCUGCAUAUAGUAAGUGGGUAAUAGUCUCAGUGCAAUUAAAUGGCUUAGACUUUAAAUGAUAACAUAAAAGCACAUCCUUAAAUGUAUUCUACUUAGUCACAAAGAGCUAACAACCAAAAGGUCUUAUUUUUGUCUUGUUGUGUGGAUCAGGUAAAUUAUGUUACAACCAGCCACUUUGGGAAUUGUAAAUAUACGGUAGUGGUAUUUUUCUUAUUUUUGCUUAGGAAGGUGCCAAGGGGCAUUGUGCCAGUGCCCCUUCUUCUGUUGCACUUAUUUAUCUUUCUAAGCUGCUCAGUGUGAUUCUUGUCUCUUUGGUGUUCUGUUCCCCUGCCCCUAUGAAUUUCCUUCAGGGAGAAAAGGAAUAUAGAAGAAUGGAUCCCAGCAGACAUGUCCUGACCUUUGCGGGGAGGGACGGUAUAUGGAUGCCAUUCUGCAAAGGCAGCCAACACGAGUAAAAGAAUCCAAAUGAUGUGGAUUUUAAAAUUAUGGAAGACAUUCAUUUGCAGUUAUGAAAGGCAAAUGUAGUUUGGAUGCAAAGCUGAUUAAAUUGGAUCAAGAAAAAUUUGAAUGAAGUACAUAAAAUAAUGCAUGCAUUUAUGGUUUCAAUUUUUAUAUAUCCUCAGCUAGUUGAAAAUGAUGAUUCCCUCAACAAGCAUAACUCAGCGUGUUUCUGCUUACUGAGUAUUUUCUACUGUGGUAUAUGUGGCUAACAUUUCUUCCAUUAUGUAUGCUGUAUAGCAGAGUUACAGUAACUGUGGGAAUCAUAAUUUGAAUUUUUGACUCAUAUGUUUCUGGAAUCUUUACAACAAAUGUUGCAUUAACAUAGAACUUUUUUCAUUGAUUUUACCAAAAUUAAAUCCAUCUGUAACAGAUACUGUUUUAACUUGUGAAAGAAAUAUUUUAUAAACAUACCACAAGGUACGGCUAAAAUGGUUGGUUAUCCAUUUUUGUUUUAUGGAAUCAGCCUCAUUACCUCAUUGCCACAUCUACCCGGGGGCACUUAUCACAAAGAAAGUGCUUCUCAUGUCUUGUUCUGUUGCCGCCUGUCCCACCUGCGCAUGUACCUGCCGCGUAAAUAUAAAAAUCUUUCAAUUCAUGGACAGUACAUGUUGGGAGUAAUUUUUUUUUUCUUUCGGUGCAAAGAUUUUACUUUUUUUGGGAAUAUGCUAUGAAAUAGUUGUUGAUUUAACUGUGUAGACUUUUGAAUAAUGGGAUUGAAUAGAUGAAGGUGUGACAGAG